AUGGAAUUGGAACCGGUCAAAAACUUUAAUGCAGAGCUCGUCUCCUUGUACGAGAACAAGCCUCCGGUAAGCAAGGCAAAGAUGGUGUUGAUCACUAAGGCUGCCAUCAAAGCCAUCAAGUUCUACAAACACGUCGUGAUGAGCGUCGAAAAGUUUAUUCAGAAAUGUCGACCUGAAUACAAGGUACCCGGUCUUUACGUGAUCGAUUCGAUCGUUCGUCAGUCGAGGCAUCAGUUUGGACCAUCCAAGGAUGUUUUUGGUCCCAGAUUUUCGAAGAAUAUUACAGUUACUUUUCAGAAUCUUUUUAAACAUAUUCAGGGUACUGUAAUUCGAGUUUUACAACUUUGGCUGAAAAACAACGUUUUUCCAGAAGAGGCGCUUCGUCCGGUGAUUUCUCUUGCGCUUGAGUUAGGACUUGGUAUUUAUAAAAGCCAUCCUUUGAUUUUUCUGUAA